GACAGAAGAACCCGGAUGUUUCUGCAGUAACUGGAGUAAUUUCAGCAUCUAAUUUUCGUGUCAAAAAUGGGAAAUGAAAAUUCUCUUCCGAUGGAAUUAUGUUCCAAUUUUGAUGCCGACGAAAUAAAGCGAUUAGGAAAAAGGUUUCGGAAAUUAGAUCUGGACAAUUCUGGAGCAUUGAGUGUUGAAGAGUUUAUGUCUCUGCCAGAGUUACAACAAAAUCCACUAGUGCAAAGAGUAAUAGAUAUAUUUGAUACUGAUGGAAAUGGUGAAGUGGAUUUUAAAGAAUUCAUAGAAGGCGUGUCUCAGUUUAGUGUGAGAGGUGACAAAGAGAGUAAACUGCGGUUUGCAUUUAAAAUCUACGACAUGGACAAGGAUGGUUACAUAUCUAACGGGGAACUGUACCAGGUGUUAAAAAUGAUGGUGGGCAAUAACCUCAAGGAUCAUCAACUCCAACAGAUUGUCGACAAGACCAUCAUACAUGCAGAUGCCGAUGGAGAUGGAAAAAUCUCGUUUGAAGAAUUCUGCUCUGUGGUAGGCAGUAUGGACGUCCAUAAAAAGAUGGUGGUAGAUGUAUAGUGGCAUUAGGUUCUAACAAAUUCCAUGUGACAGUCGAUUAACAUUUAUUUUAAAUCUAUUUCUUGAUGCCGUUUUGUUUCCAUGACAACUCUCCACAGCUUUAAUUAGAUUUUUUAUGACCUCAAUCAUCAUGACAUCAAUGACAUCACUUCCUGUUGAGAUGGUAUGACAUGAUGAGGCUACAUGUGAUAGCAAAUACUUAAUGAAAGCUGUUCCUCGUUAUUUUAGGGUAAAACUUUGUUCAGUUUACUAGUCUAUGAAUGCUUCUGUAGGUUGGUAUCUGUGAGGGUAGGUCAAGCUGGUUUUAUGGAUUAACAAACACCAUAACAAAUUGCAUGUAUAUAAUUAUCAAGACAUUGUUUAUACAUUUUCAGACUGUACCACUAGGAUUACAUUUAUAGAUGUUUUUUAUGUUUUUAUUUGUAUGAUUUAAAUUUGCUAGUUUAUUGCUUUUGACCUCAAAGAAAACAAGUAGAAAUUAAAAGAUAUUGUUAUUUCAAGUUUAGUGAUAUUGAGAAUAUGUAAGAUUUUUGCCUAUUUUUUCGUCAGUCCUGUUUUACUUAAAUCGAUUUAGAUAAUAUUCAUACCUCCCUGAAAAAGAAUUAAUUUUAAUAAAAAUUGAUUGAGAAUUUUUCAGGCCUAGUUCAUCAGCAGGUCAAUUAAAGGUCAUACCUUAAAUGCUACUCAUCAAUUAUUAGUUAUUGUUAUGGACACAAAUUGUAUAUUUUCUUAUAUUUGGUAUUAGAUUAGCUGCAAUACUUGUAUGCUACCAUGAACAUUGUCAUUUCAGAAGAUACAUAAAUUAUAUAAUGCUCAAUGCACUUCUGUAAUCAUCUUGGUAUAUAUGAGAAUGGAAAUGUUGUCUCUAAACUGGCAUCAAAACUCGUAAAUGAUGGGAGAAAAAAAUGCAAUUAUUAAUGAGUGUUUAAGAAACUAUUUGGCUGACUUUUUCAAAAAUUUUGUUUAAGAAAUACUUUUUUUCAUACUUUUUCAUGGUAAAAAUCUUAACACGAAAGCUUUUUCCUUUAAGAGAUCGUUUUCAUUGUAAAUGAUCAUACAAUCGUGCAUUAAAGUUAGUUUUUUUAUCAUUUAUUUUUGUAAGUUUAAGAAAAUCCAGUCACUUUUGAUGAUUCCAUAAUCAUUUGCAUGAAAUCAAUCAACCAAUUUAUACAGUUAAUUCUAAUGAAGCAUGUCAGAUGUUACAAAUCUGUGUAGAGAAUUGAUUAACUAAUCUCAAUGAUCCUUUCUAUCGAAUUAAGUUUAUACAGAAGAUAUCAAAUAAUUGUACGUUCUUUGAAAAUUGAAUUGUGCUAUUGUUAACAAUAACCUACUCAACAUGUUAGACGUUAUUUUGUGCUUAUACGUGAAAUAAUGUGUUGCUUAUAACUUUGUGACUCUUAAAUGUCAACUUUUCAUUUAUGUUUCAUUCUCCAUUACAAAGUUUAUAACUGGAAUGUUUACCGUUUAUCCCAUAUGUUCAUUGUUUAUUAUUUUACAGAGUUAUGUCUAUAAGGCUGAAAAAGGCAUAGAAAUCUGUGUUCUUCGUGUAAACUUGUAUGGCUUUUUUGUACUCACACCUUAUGCUGUUUUUAACUUCAUCUGUUCGGAUUUCAAGUGCCCAUUCAUUGUUUCCUAUGUAGUUGUAAUUCUUAAUAUUCAACACAAACCUACACAAGAAUCGAUCAAACAAAAUCUGCAAACAAAAACUCAUUGUGAUCCAGAUUACGACAUAUAGUACUAAGUAGUGGCACUCUAUUAAACUCUGUAUAAAGCAGACUUGAUGUAGAAGAGGUAAAUGCAAUCUUGUUGAGAAAUUCAAGGCUUCAGCGUCACACCUGCCUGUACUAAUACUCUCAGCUGUAGUUUUCCCUGUGCCCGUGUCCCUAUGUGAGGAGUAAGUAAUAUUUGUAGAUCGGGUCAUAUUUUAGACUCAAAACUUAUUAAGAAAUUUCAAACCUAAUAUAGCAAUUACAAACUGUAUCUAUAUUUCCAGGGAAGAUAGAAAGUAUGGUAUGUUAUUGUAAAUACAGUGUUUGAAAAUCUACCUCAAUAGUGCACACAAAUUGUACAAUAGAAUGAAAAAAAAUACAACAAAUCUGAAGAAAUACUGUCAUAAUUAGUUUAUUUGAAGUCAAGUUCAUCAAAAUGCAACUUGAGCUCCUGCUGUUAGUAUUUGAAGUAAAAGAACUAUGUUAUGUUGAUCCCUGCCUCUGGUUAUAAGCAUUUCUACUGUAAGUUAUUCAAGGCUUUGUUGACCCUUAAGUUAAACAAGUAAAUGUUCUGUUGUUUUUUUGUAAGCUGCAGCAUUUCUAGCAGUACUAUGUAGUGUUGAUUAAUAUUUGCUGGAUUGUAAUACAAAUUAUACAAUUAAUCAGACAACUCUUUUUUCCAAGGUUUUUUAAGGCAAUAUAAAUUCUAAAUCAUUUUUAAAUUAUCAUGUAAAAGCUUAGACUUAAGACCUGUUUUUUACAUUAAUUUUAUUAUAUAGAUUAGAUGUUUUCAUAUAUCAAUGUUUAUUCAUUCCAUCGUAGGUUUUCUAUAUUUGAACAAUAUUAAUGUUGUUUUGAUGUCGCUUCUUAUUGUAUUCUUAAACAACAAUACUGUACCCUGCUGUUCUUUAACUACUUUUAGAACAAUACUGUACCCUGCUGUUCUUUAACUACUUUUACAACAAUACUGUACCCUGCCGUUCUUUAACUACUUUUACAACAAUACUGUACCCUGCUGUUCUUUAACUUCUUUUACAACAAUACUGUACCCUGCCGUUCUUUAACUACUUUCACAACAAUACUGUACCCUGCCGUUCUUUAUCUACUUUUACAACAAUACUGUGCCCUGCUGUUCUUGAACUACUUUAACAACAAUACUGUGCCCUGCUGUUCUUGAACUACUUUAACAACAAUGCUUUACCCUGGCGUUCUUGAACUACUUUAACAAUGCUGUACCCUGCCGUUCUUGAACAACUUUAACAUUAAUGCUUUACCCUGCCGUUCUUGAACAACUUUAACAACCAUGCUUUACCCUGCCGCUCUUGAACUACUUUAACAACAAUACUGUACCCUGCCAUUCUUGAAUUAAGCAGCUAUUUGAACAAAUAUAUAUUGCUUCUUAACUGAACAUUUUUUUGUUGUUUUGUUUUUUAUCCAGUGCACAUAGAACAAGAUGUUUUUGAAGAUCUGAUGCCAACUGUAGGUACAUGUGAUUGUAUAUAACUGUCUUUGUCAAAUGGUUGCCUGUUGACAUGUCAAAGAUAUAUUAUGUUAGAUCAGCUACAUUUUGGUUUUACUCUUUAAUUUGAUUAAGUGAAACAUGCAUCUGAAUUCAUGUCAAAAGGAUACCUUUGAAUUCAUCAAUCCUCCUGAAAUGUUAGGAUUUUAAUUCCCAUUGUUCUCCUGAUAAAGAUCUGACCGAAUGUACCUUUCAAGGUGAAACAUCAUACUUAUCUGUAGUGCAAGUGGUGUAAUAUCUACCAGUUAUUUCUGUGUUGACUUGCAUUAUGUUUUUUGUGCUGAUUUCCUUUCAUCAAUAACAAACACUUCUGUUACGGCAGUUUUUCUCCAAAUGUGUCUAAUAAGAAAUCUAACGCAAGCCAAGAUGCAAGUUCUGCUGUUAGCAUUGUUUCGAUUUGUUAUGUUUUCAUGUUUAUGUUGAACAAAUAUGUAUAUAGUGUCUCUGUGUAUUUUGACAUUAUGUAAUUUAUUCUCAUACUUCACUGUUAAGGGUUUUCGUAAAGUUUUGUGAAUAUAGAUAUAAAAAAUCUUCUAUUGAUAUUGUAAUACUUACACUUUUGAAAUUGUAAAUUAUGUCCAAAUAUCUUCUUUUUGUUUUUUCCCAAUAUAAUAAAAUCUUUUAUAAAAAUC